AUGACGAUCAUAUUAAAAAAGCUUCCUGAGAAGGCCAAGGUGUUAGUAGUUGGCGGUGGGAUUAGUGGGCUAUCGUUCACAUAUUUUUUAGCCAGAUUGAGACCGGAUAUCAAUAUCACACUAUUAGAGGCAUCGCAUAGAUGUCAUGGGUACAUCAACUCUUCUUUAAGUGUUGAUAAGCAGAAUCACAAAGUUUUAAUGGAAAAGGGCCCUAGGACACUUAGGGGGGCUUCUGAGGGCACUUCAUUGAUUAUUGAUACCUUGAUGGAUUUAAACCAGAAGAGUAAGGUAUACUGUCUUGAUCCGAGUAAUGAGGCAAAUAGGAAAUUUCUUUUGGACAGUAAUAACAAAUUGAUUCAAACUCCUAAUUCACUAUCAACACUUUUGAAGUUUCUUCUCAGUACUUUGGGCAAGGGUUUAAUACCUGGUAUUUUGGGUGAACCAUUCCGAAAAAAGGCUACUACUACUAGUACAUCUGAUGAAACUGCAUUCAGCUUAUUUUCCAGACGAUUUGGUAACAAAUAUGUCGCAGAAAACUUAUUGGGGGCGUUAUAUCAUGGAAUAUAUGCUGAUGAUAUUAAAAAGCUAAGUGCACGUCAUGUUUCUAAGAAGUUUUACGAAAUGGAGAGAGAUCAUGGUUCGUUCGUAAGGGCCAUGUUUAGUAAUAAAUUAGGAAAGAGCCAAUUGACCCCUGUGUUGGAAUUAUACCAAAAAACUUUUGCAAAGGACCCAGAGCAGUUCUUAAAGCUUUAUCAGAACCUGGGGAAAUAUCCCAUCUUGGGAUUAAAGGAAGGGCUAGAAACACUUCCCAAGACUUUGCUACAUGCAUCCAAAGCUUUCCCAAAUGUCACAAUCCACACUAAUAAAAAGGUAACCCAGUUGGGUCAAUUAUCAAACGGAAAGUUUGAAGUACACACCGAGGGUGGAGAGCGGUUUAAUGACCUCGAUCAUCUCAGACUAACUGUAAAUCCAAGCACAAUCAGUAAUAUAGUUACUCAACCUAAAUUAUCCAAUGCUUUGAGGCUGUUGCAAUCUAACACUAUCAUGCUAGUGAACUUCUACCUUCCAAAUAAAGAUGUCAUUAAACAGCACCACGGAUUUGGUUAUCUAGUUCCUGUUUCGAAUAAAAACCCAGAGAUGUUACUAGGCGUCAUUUUCGAUUCUAUUGUAGAACAAAACUACCAGCCAUUUUUUGCGUCCAAAGAGCCAACUAUCAGCAAGGGCCCCUACACGAAGUUGACCGCUAUGUUAGGUGGCCAUUAUUUGACCGACAAUAAGGUAGAGAGUUUGCCAUCUACAGAAGAAAUCAUCAACACUGUCAAACGUGUAUUUUUUACACAAUUAAAUAUCAGCAAGUCUGACUUGAACCAAGCUCACUGGGAAGUAUCAAUUGUCUCGGAUUCUAUCCCAAAAUUCCACGUCGGUUAUGAAAAAUGGAUGCAGGCGGUUUCGAAAGACGUAUCGCAGUUUUAUAAUAACAAUAUAUCCCUAGGUGGCAUGGCAUUUAGUUCUGGCCCGGGUGUUCCGGAUGUUUUCACCAAUGCAUUCCUAGAUGCUCAGAAAGUUGCACAAGCGUAG